AUGGAGACCAUAGACUUUAAGCGCGCUCUUCGUAUAUCAGAAUCGCAUAAUGAAUUGGGUUGUAUUGCCGGCAUAUGUUUUGCAAUAUCCCAUUCUUCCCUCAUUUUUCAAAAUGGUUACAAGUAUCUUCUCGGAGGAGAUCGAUUUGAAAUCGACGUUAAAUUUAGUUCUAGGCGAUUUCUGAGCCGCAUUCCUGUCAUUGGUACAACAAAUGAAGAUUUGGGUGCUCUUCUAACUUCAAUUGAUCACCCAGGCACUCCUCGUCUACACUUUAUGGAGCAGGAACGACGAUCUGAAGAAGUGUCAGCCUCCUCUUCCAGAACUGAACUUGAGCGAUCCAGGAGUCCAAGCUUUAUUGAACUUGACUCCCUCUACCUCGAAGAAGGCCAACGGCUAUUCUCGUCUGCCCAGCGAUUGAACGAAUUAGAAGCGCACACGGAAGUUGCGCUAUUUGAUGGGAUGGCAUUUCCUUGGCACGAGUUUCAGUUCCUUUUGGGAGACACUAUCUCACGUUGA